AUCGCCCGGGCCGGCCCCCGCCGCCGCGGGACGCCCAGAGCCGCCGCCGCCGCCCUCCCCGCAGCUCCGCCGCCCGCUCCGCCAUGUCCCGGUGCCUCUGGCCGUGACCGGUCGCUGCUGAGCUCCCGCGGGGGAUCGGGGCGGAGGAACGUGUGCCGUGUCCGAGGGCAGAGAUGAGGACGGCGGAGGAGCCGAACGGGACCGUCCUGCACCGCCUGAUCCAGGAGCAGCUGCGCUACGGGAACCUGACGGAGAACCGCACGCUCCUGGCCAUCCAGCAGCAGGCCCUGCGCGGCGGCGGGGCCGGCAGCCCCCGCUCCUCCCUGGAAAGCCUGAGCCCGGAGGAGAGCCAAAUGGUGCAGCAAUCCACCCGGCAGGAGCCCCAGGGCCAGGAGCAUCACUCCGACCACCUCUACUCGGAGAACAGCGUCUACCGGCUCUGCCCGCCCCAGCACAAGGGCGAGGAGCUCCCCACCUACGAGGAGGCCAGGGCUCAUUCCCAGUACUUCGCCUCGCAGCGGGGUGGGCAGCAACCCGGAGGGCUCGACUUGGGGUUUCGGGGUGAGAGCCCUGCUCGUGGAGCCGAGAGCGGCGCCCGGAGGCCCGACGAGGGGCUGAAGGAGCUGAAGCACGGCCACGUGCGGUCGCUGAGCGAGCGGCUGAUGCGGAUGUCGCUGGAGAGGAACGGGGCCAAGGCACAGAGCCCCAUCAGUGCUUCCCACAGCUACCCCCAGCUCUCCCGACACCACCAGCUCGCCGCCCUCCGAGGGCAGCACCCCGAAGGGCUGGAGCCACGGGGACCACCCCCGGAAUAUCCCUACGUCAUCCCUUCCCAGGAUACUUACCUGGCGGAACCUGGACCCUGCUCCCGGGAAGGUCCUGGGUUUCAGCAUCCUGAAGUCAGGGUGCUGCCCAGCCCGGUCCCCACCGCUUUCCUGCCGCCGCCGGGUGCCCUGUACCCCGGUCCCUCCGGGGUGGAGGCGCUGGUGGGUGCCCAGGCGGUCUCUGCCGGCAGCCGCCUGGCCCGGGCAGAGCUGCUCCUGCGGGAGAACGAGCGGCUGCGGCGGGAGGGCGAGGAGCUGCGGAGGGAGCUGGAGAGCUGCUCCCAGAAAGCCGGCCGCAUCCAGAAGCUGGAGAGUGAGAUCCAGCGCCUCUCGGAGGAGUACGAGAACCUGGUCAAGGCGUCUUCCAAGCGGGAAGCCUUGGAGAAAGCCAUGAGGAACAAGAGGGAGGGUGAGAUGAGGCGGCUCCAGGAUUUCAACCGGGAUCUGAAAGAACGGUUGGAAUCUGCCAACAAGCAGCUGGCCAGCAAGACCCAGGAAAACCAGGAGAGCAACCAGGGCAGCGUGGCCAAACUCCUGGCACAGAGCUACGAGCACCAGCAGGAGAAGGAGAAGCUGGAGCGGGAGGUUUCCCUGCUCCGCAGCGCCAACGAGGAGCAGCGCCGAAGGGCAGAGCUGCUGGAGCAGGCUCUGGGCAGCGCCCAGGCCCGGGCAGCCAAGGCUGAGGCGGAGCUGAGGAAGAAACGAGCCUACGUGGAGAAGGUGGAGAGGCUGCAGGCAGCGCUGGGCCAGCUCCAGGCAGCCUGCGAGAAGCGGGAGCAGCUGGAGCUGCGGCUCCGCACCCGGCUGGAGCAGGAGCUGAAGAUGCUGCGGGCUCAGCAGAGACAGGCGGGUGCCGCGGGCGGGGGGACGCCGGAGCUGAGCGCUCACACGCUCUCCGAGCAGCUGAGGGAGAAGGAGGAGAAGAUCCUGGCCCUGGAGGCUGACAUGACCAAGUGGGAGCAGAAGUACCUGGAGGAGUGCACCAUGAGGCAGUUCGCCAUGGACGCCGCAGCCACCGCAGCCGCCCAGAGGGACACCACCCUCAUCAGCCAUUCCCCCAGGCACUCCCCUAACAGCAGCUUCAACGAGGACCUCCUCCUGGCCACCCACAAGCACCAGGAGAUGGAGAACAGGUUAAAAGCCCUUCACGCCCAAAUCCUGGAGAAGGAUGCUGUCAUCAAGGUCCUGCAGCAGCGCUCACGGAGGGACCCCAGCAAAGCCCUCCAGGGCUCCCUGAGACCAGCCAAGUCUGUGCCCUCCAUCUUCUCUGCCUCUGCCACCCUGAGCUGGCCGGGGUCUGGGCAGAGCGAGCGACUGGCCGAGGGCAGCUCCCGGGGCAGCACAGCAGGCAAAGGCAGCAGUGAAGGAGCAGCAGUGCCCACCAACCUCCCCCUGCCCUCCCACUCCAAGCGCGGCAGCAGGGACGGCAGCACCCAGACCGACGGGGCGGCCGAGGGCGAGGGCCUGGAGCACCCACCUGGAUUGCUGGAGAGCUCAGGCCCUGCCAGAGCCCCGGACCUGUCCGACAUGGUGGAGAUCCUGAUUUAAGGCCACCCAAGGGGCUGCAUGUCAGCCCCUCUGCCCUCCCUGCCUGCUGCACAGGCACAGCUGUCCUGCCUGCACCUGCUUGGGAUGGAGGAGCCUGCAGGAAGGACCAAGCCUGGAGCUCAGCACUGUCCCUGUGACCAGUCUGAAUGGGUGGCCUCAUGCCUGGGAGAGCCACCACCCCCACUCAGCACCCACACGGGUUCCCAGCUGCGCGGGGCGCGCUGGAGCUCGGGGACCCCGCAGAGGGAAGGGGCUCCUGACCCCCCUCCAAAUGCACCUGGGCUUCGUGUGACAGGAGCAGGAGUAUUUAUCCCUUCAGCCUCUUCUCCUUCCCAAGCUGGCGGAGGGGGUGGUUCAUCCCAUCUCCUCCCUUGUUGGCUCCAUCUCCAUCCCUGUCCCACAUCUGGGCCUUGACCAUCCGCAUCCACCCGAGCGCUUGAGCUCCGACUGGAAUUUCCCACUCUGCUCACCCAGACUGUACCUACAAGGUGAUGUCUCCAUGUGAGGGCAGAACCAGCAGGGAUCCUCCCGUGGGUCCCACCAACCACCUGGAUCCACGUGGCCAAGCCAAGUGCCAGGAGCCCCACACCUCCACCAUCACCAUCCUGCCUCUGGGAUUUCAGCAGGUGAAAACAACAACUUGAGGGAACGUGAGGUGGAGGAGAAACCUGGAAAUCAGAAGUGAAGCACUUGGAGUGAUCCGAGGGUGGCUGAUGGAGGUGGUGGGAUGUUCCUCCCUUCUCCUGGCUUCAUCCCACCACCACAUCCCCAGCUAUUGGCAGCUGGAUUCUGCCUCUAGCCCAGUGCCCACCUCCUGAGCUCGGGCACUUCCCGUCCUUGCCCUUCGUGUGUGUGUGUGUGUAUAUAUAUAUAUAUUAUUUUUCCUUUCUUCUUUAAAUGUGUGCAUUUGCUGGACAACUGCAUUUUUUAUUUUUCUCUCCCAGACACGUAAAAAAUGCAUUCAGUUCUUGUGCAUUGUUUACAAAGUGGAAAACAAACCAAAAAAAGAUGAAAGAGGUAAAAAAACCCCAAACCCGACGAACCCCGAACGAAACACCCUCGACUUAAUAUAUUUUAUAUUAAUAUUGGUAUUUCUUUUGAAGUAUAUUUUUUUUUUCGUGCUGUGAACUUUUUUUUUGGGGGGGGAGGGUGUUUUUUUUUUUUCCUCUUCCCCUGCCAAAGAGGAGUUUUGUGCAUUUUAAGUUAUCUUUGAGUAUUUAAAUGUAAACCUGGCUGUUCCGUUCCGCCGCCCUAUACCGAGAUUGCUGUCGCAUUCCACUUGGUAUAACAAUAUUUUCAUUAAAAAAAACCCACCCAAA